UAUGCUCACUUACUGACCAGGGAGAGGGUUGUCAGAGCCCAAUGUUGGAGCCCCAAGGAACAGCGAAGGACAGCGGGUUGACGGGGAGCCUGGCGCAGUGGGCACUUCCUUCUCCAUCGGCCAGCCCCGUGGGCCCCCUGGCAACAGCCUUUCUGCUGUCUCUGUUUCUGCACCCGGCGUCCCUUCUGACCCAGGAGCACCGGGAUUUUCCAGCAGUAGAGCCGAUCCCCAGUCUAAAGAUGAAGUUCGACCCCAGGAGAAUGACGUUGACUUGGGACUGCCAAGAAAAUGCCACCUACGUGGAAUGUGUGAUGUUUCACAAGGAAAAAGGACCAAUCGCAAUAAUGCUUACGGACAAAAAAUGUCGCUGCAAAUUUCCAGACUCUUCUCUCCAUGGAGGUGUCACACUCAUGGUUACAGCAAAUAUCAGCCAAAGACUGAUUUCAGAAAAGCUGGUCUACCCUAACCCAGGUGAGGAGGGCACAGCUGCCCAAAACUUCUCCUGUUUCAUCUACAAUGCGUAUUUCAUGAACUGCACUUGGGCAAAGGGUCAAGCAGCCCCCGAUGAUGUCCAAUAUUUUUUAUAUAUACGAGACUCCAGGAGAAAAAUUGAAAGAGAGUGUCCUCGUUACAUAGACGACUUGAAAAUCCACGUGGGAUGUCACCUCAAAGACCUCUCGGGAUUGACUUUUCAUAAUUAUUUCCUGGUUAAUGGUACCAGUCAAAGAACAGGAAUCCAGUUCUUCGAUUCCAUUUUGUCAUUAAAGGCAAUAGAGAGAUACAGCCCUCCCCACAAUGUCACCGUGCACUGCAACGAAUCGCACUGCCUCAUUCGCUGGGAGAAGCCCAGGACCCUGCAGAGCCUGACCGGCUGGGAGUUCCAGUACCAGCUGGACAUUCAGAGGCAGAGCACCAUGCAACAUAGUGGAAAUCAGCUGAUUGAGGUGUCUGGUGACGCAGAAAAUAAAUACAACUUUCCGAGCCCGGAGCCCAGGGGGAAACAUGCGGUGAGGGUGAGAACCUCAGACUCGCGGAUCCAGCACUGGAGCGCGUGGAGCAGACCCGUGGAGUUCGGCUCCGAGGAAACAGAAGCCAGCCUCGUGCAUGUGUAUGUGCUGGUGGUCCUGGGAACCCUCGCGUGCGCCCUGCUGCUCGGCUGCCUUUUAAAAAGGGUCAUUGGGAAGUACAAGCUGUUUCCACCGAUCCCACGGAUCAAAGAUAAACUGACGGAUAACCAUCAGUCCGACCAGCAGAUGAUCUGGGAGAAGUUCCCACCCAGCGCAGGCAGAGGGGACAAUGAAGAGGUCUUAACCGUGGAGGAAUUGACGGAGGCCCCCACAAGCCCCUGACUUCUCAUGCCCACACCCCCAGAUGUUCUGGAAGCCAUUUUUUGUUCUGUUUUGAGCAUUUGUAUAGCUUUCCAUUUUUGUACUUAAAACAGUGAUUUUUGCAAAGAUGCUUGCAUUUGGAGGGGCUGCUCCACGUCCUUGAUCCCGACCCGGUGAUGAGCCCUCUCUGUCCCCUGGGGAGCAGGGGACCUUCCUCACAGAGGGUCGCAUCUGGUCACAGAGCCUCGGCUCUCCCAGUGGGGACACGCUGCUUGUCCACUCCCACCAUCAGCUGCUGUCAGGCAGACGAUGGGUUUGCUAACAAAUGGCCCAAACCCAGUGAUGUGACGCCACACAGAUCUACCAUCUCAUGGCUCGUGGACACACCACCUCCCCAUAUUAGGACCCUUGUGACCAUGUCAGCCCAGCCGAAUAUUCCAGGGUUGUCCAUUUCAAGAUCCUGAACUUUGUCAUUUCUGCAAAUUCCCUUUAGCCUCGUAAGGUCACAUAUUCACAAACUCAUGGGUGAGGACAUGGAGUCGUUGGGGACCUUAUUCUGUCCACACACAGGGUGGUGAGGAAAUGGGCAUCCCUGGGGACCUUAUUCUGUCCCCCACGAGCAGGGGUGAGGACACGGACUAUUUGGGGGUGUCAUUCUGUCCCCCACGAGCAGUAACUGGCCACCAUUCAGACACUGAGCGUGCCAGAGAACAAUAGCCCAGCAGUAUGACAGCUGAUGCCACGGUGCCAGGGGACUUCAGAGGGAAGAGACGUCCCCGGGGCGUGGGGUUUAGGUGGAGAGAGAACCUACCUGAGGUCUGGGUUUGGGAUGUGACCUUUGGCCUUCCCCAUGUGUAUCCCGUGUCUGUUCGUCAAACACUAGCCACCAGGGGCGCUUGUGGACCAGGCAGACAGCGGCUUCCAGAGCUUCCUGGUCCGGCCCUGCAGGUCCAGGGGCCAAAGCCCAAGGAGGAGAUGCAGCCAGAGUCCUGGGGGGUGAGGGAGGGGAGUCAGGGAAGGAGGGUGGGAACUGUGCAAAAGCCCGUGUCCCCAGGGGAACGCCCAGACCCGGACCCCC